AUGCUUUCAUCCUUGAAAGAUAUUCGAGGACUUCCAAUACAAGAUCAAAAACAAAUCUUCAAUCCGAUAUGUGCAAAAGCAAAACUUUAUUCAAGUAUUACUGAUGAUAAAAUGAAUGAUAAUAUACCAGUUGAUAAUGAAGCAGCAAAUAUUUUUCUUGAAAUUUCACCACAUCCAGUUUUAGCAAAAUCAAUUCGUGAAUGUUAUGAAUUAACAAAUCAACAACAAUCAUCACCACCACUUAUUCUUUCAACAUUAAAACGAAAAGAAAAUGAACAAAUAACAUUACUUACUAGUUUAGCACAACUUACAACAUCAUCUCAAGUAUGGCAACAAUAUUUUCAUACUCGUCAAAUUUUACCUAUGAAAAAUCAUGAAGAAUAUUUUGAUAAUUUUCCAUUAUAUAAAUUUCAUUUGAGUUCAUGUUGGUAUGAAUCAAAAGGUUCAUCUAUACAACGUUUAACUAAUCGUAUAUCUACUCAUCCAUUACUUGGUAUUCGUCAAUUAAAUCAUAAAAUUCAAGAUGCAAUUCUUUUUCCAGCAGUUGUUUAUCUUGAACUUGCAACAACUGCUUGUCAUCAAUUACUUCCCCCAAAAGAAGAUGAUCAACAACAACCAACACUUAUUUUUGAAGACGUAAACUUUAUUAAAGCACUUAUUCUUAAUGAACAUGAAUUGAUGGAAGUAUUUAUACAAAUAAUUAUGCCAAUGCGUGAAUGGUAUAUUAUAUUUUGUAAAAUCGAAAUUGAUUCUAAACAACAAAAAUCAUUAACAAUACCUGAUAGAUGGAUCAUACAAGAUAUAACAAGUGCUUAUGCACAUCUUUCAACAUGUGCUUAUCAAUAUGAAUCCAGUUUAAAAAAAAUAAAAACAUUACAUGUUCUAUUACCAGGUAUUGACACAACAUUUCUUCUAGUACGUAUCCAAAAAUUUAUUUAUUCAAGUAAAAUUAAAACAAAAAUGAAUCAAUCAACAAAUGUUGAAGUACGUGUACUCUGUCAUGAUAAUAUAUGUGGUAUAGGUCAAGAAGGUACAUAUAAUCUUGAUUUAUGGAUAUUUCCAAUGGAUAACAAAAUAAAAGAACCAAUAUUUACAUUUGAAAAUAUUGUUAUUCAACAAGUUCAACGUAUACAAUCUGGUCGAUGGUCAAUGGAAAAAACAAUUUAUGAUAAAUUAAAUCUAACAACUGAUUUACCUAAUAUUGAUCAUAAAACAUAUUUAGAUACAAUUAUAAAUGAUUAUUAUAUAUCACAUUUACGUCCAUCACCUAAUCAAAUUCUUAAUAAUCAACUUAAUUCUAUUAGUAAUCAAGAUUUAAUUGAAUCAAUAGAACCAUUUAAUGAAUUAGCUGCUUAUUAUGUUCAAAUGGCAAUUAAAGAUCUUGAUUUGGAUCAACAACAUCAUCCAUCAUCAAAUGCAUGUCGUUCUCUUGCUUCAACUUUACAUUUGGAACAAGUAACAUGGCAUUCAACACAACUUCGUCUUAUUCAAUUAAUUCAACGUUUUCCUCGUUUGAAACUAUUUUUAAUAACAUUAAACAAAUAUGGUUCACAUUUAAAAGAUAUUCUUCGUGGAGAAAAAAAUGGAUUGGAUAUAUUUCUUGGUAAUGAUGAAAUUGAGCAAAUUUUUCAUUCGAUUUGUCAAUAUUUAAAAUUACAAUAUGAAAAACAAAUUAAAGACAAUUCAUUUGAGAAUUAUCGAUUAUGUAUAUUUUGGUUAACUGAUAGUGACUGUUCAGAUGUUUUACCUAUUCUUGAUCUUCUUCUUAAUUUAUCACAACAAACAGGUUUAUUAAUUGAUUUAUAUUAUGCAGAUUCUGAUCCAACACAACUUGCAAAUGCUCAACAAACAUUUAAUACACAUCUAACUAAUCAAACAAAAAAUUUAUCUAUUAUUUAUGAUGAAACAAUUGAUUUAUAUGAUAGUAAAACACUUGAACAAAUACCAUUCGAAUCAUUUGAUAUUAUAUUUUCUUCCAAUCAACUUCAAGGAAAUCAAGAUUUAAGAAAUUGUUUAGUUGCUCUUCGUUGUUUACUUGUUCCUAAUGGUCUUCUUUUAUUACUUGAAUUAGUUCAUGUUCUUCUUUAUUUUGAUCUUAUUUUUGGUUUUAUUGAUCAAUGGUGGUCAUCAUCUGAUGAUGAUAAUAAUCGUGCAUUAAAUAAUAUUCAACAAUGGACAACAUUAGUAGAACAAAUCGAAGGAUUUUGUAUUAUUGAAUCAACAAUAAAUCAAAAUGAAAGUACAUUAAUUAUUAGUCAAAAAACAACAUCGAAUGAAAUAUUACAAAGACUUAAUGAAAGAAAAAAUCAAAUAUGAUAUUCAACUGAUACUUGCCAAGUUGUUCUUCGUCUUAAUCAUAAAAAUCAAAAUGAAGUUCAACAUUUAACAUGGCAUUAUGAAAUGUUACAAAAUAAUAAUGAACAAAAGAAAUCUAAAUACGAACAAAUUUCUAUUAUUCCUAAACGAGAUGCUGUUCAAAAAUAA